AUGGUAAUCUCCGCUGCGAAUGCUUUGAUUGGUCGAGAGAUCGUGGCGGCUUCGAUCGUGAGAAACAAUCCUUUGGCUUAUCGAGAGCAGAGCCUUGCGAUGGGAGAGAAGAUUGACUUCACUCGGGACUCAGUUUAUACCGUACCGGCGAAGAUCGCGAAUGACGAGAAUAACAACAGCUUACUUUCCAAUAUCGAUUUCCGGCGCGACACGAUGGAGGGAAGAUAUUCUAUCACAACUCAAGGACCAAGAUUCUCUGACGCCGACCUGAGUCCGAAAGACCCAGCGAGGUGCGGUGCUUUGGGAGGCCUGGAGACGAUCGAAGAAGGGCAGGAAGAUUCCAGAGGCUCAGCGUAUGAGAAGAUAAUGAGUCUGCCGCCUCUUCUACCCAAAGCAAGUCUGAUUGGUUCUAACAUCGGUCCCUUGGCAAGCCGGAUUGAUCAUGGGGAUGAUGAACUCGAGGCGAAGAGGAGGAAAAUGUCGCAAGCUUUAAGCUGUGCCGAUGCGGACGAUGAUGAAGUCUAUCGUCCUUCCCUGACUAUGGCGAGAGCGUUGCAGAAAUAUCACAGUUUUGGUCAUGUGUAUUCGAAUGUAGAAGAGUCUCAGCCGGAGAGCGAAGUUGAAGGCGGCCAAGAGUGUGAAGAGCCGGAAGUCGCAGAGGAAACCGGGGAAGAGGUUGGCGCUGGUGACAAUCAAAAUGACAGUGGUAGCAAGACUGAGGGAGAAUCUCCGACAGUGAACCCUUCCCCGCCGAAUACCGUGACUGCUUCGCCACAACAUAUUCCUUCGCCGCCACCACCGGCUCCCACAGCCAAAGGUUCUCCGCCGAUCGGUUUACCAUUGAUAAUGGGGAAAGGAAAGGCACCACCGCCUCCCUUGGCAGUAGGAAAGGGAAAAGCGCCUUUCCCCAGCCCACCAGGAAUGAAAAAUGGUAAAUCUCCGCUUCCGCUGAAAGCGCCAAUUAAAAUGGGGCCGCCAGUCGCACCCCUUCGACCUCUCUUUUGGACGAGCGUCCCGAUGGGUCCACGGGAGAGACUCGAGAAUAACUUCUGGAAAAGUGUCAAACAGAAUUGCAAGAUGAUCGACGAAGAUACGAUACCGUGGUGCGCUGAAUUUGUACGAGAGGAUGAAUUGCAGACGAUGUUCGGACAGAAUGCAAGCAAAGUGGCUGGAAAAUCGGUCGGUAAUCGAUCAGUCGCCGCACCGCCUCGUCACGGGCGGAAGGUUCUCAAACUCUUGGAUGACAAACGCUCUCACAUGUUAGCCAUCGCUUUCCGACCUCUGCCUGAGCCUGAUGAGCUGGUGAAAAUUAUAGCCUCGGGGAAUGUCGCGGCACUCACUGGUACUCAGCUGAGUAUGCUUGCGGAUGAAGUGCCCACGCCAGAUUUUGUGGAAGAGCUGGCGGCGAUGGAGACCAGGAGCCUUCAAGAGGGAGUUCAGACGAAUCUUAUUAAUCUUGAGGAUUAG